CUUAGCUCGUCCAUCUCCCAGAAAAUAGCCAAAUUCAGUUAAUUAGGACAAGUAAAAUUGACAGGAUAUAGAGCGGUAAAUUUACUUUUUAAAAGAAAGAAAAAAAAGCUCCCUUGAUACUUUAAGCAUCCUUUGGUAGACUAAACGUACUUUCUCUUGAAAACGGUGCUUUCCUUAUCAAAAGCGCGACUUCUACAUUCAUUUAGGAAAAGCAAAUACAAAAAUAAUUAGGUAGUAAAAGAGAGUUCUGUGAAUUAUUAAAAUGGCUACGGAACAAAGAAAGUUACCCAAUAUCAUUCUUUGCGGCACUCCUGGUACGGGAAAAACUACCCUUGCUGAACAGCUUGCAGAUGCUUCUGAAUUAGAACAUCUGUGCAUGGGCACAAUAGUAAAGGAACAUCACCUUCAUUUUGGAUUCGAUGAGAAAUGGCAAACGUAUGAUGUUGACGAAGAAAAAGUCUUGGACUAUCUAGAACCAAGACUAUUGAAAGGAGGUUGCAUAGUGGACUGGCACACAUGCAGCAUUUUUCCUGAAGAAUUGAUUGACUUGGCGAUUGUCUUAAGAACUGAUCAUUCCAAACUAUGGGAAAGACUUGAGGCUAGAGGAUACUCAUUACACAAAAUCCAAGAAAACAACGAAGCCGAGAUUAUGCAAAUUUGCUUAGAGGAGGUGAGAGAAAGUUUUGACCCUAAAUUAAUAGUAGAGCUCGAAAGCAAUUCGACAGACGACAUGGAAUCCAAUCUGUCUAGGAUUCUCCAGUGGAUUGAUGCUUGGAAAGAGAAUCAUGCAAACUGAUGAAAAAGAAGAAAAGCCGGGUACUUUGGGAUAAAAUUUCUGGAGUAUAUGGAUUGAACUUUUUGUAAAAUAAAGCCUUUAUUAACAACUAGCAUGUUCAAGUGAACCAUUGUGUUUUGACGUUACUAUCUAUUUGAUUUUAAACUAGCUUAUCGGGAUGGAGCGAUUGGAUAUAAAAAAAAGAGAAAAUGAAAAAGUGAAGUACUUUUCGCUAUUAAUUUUAUUUCAAAAGACGGAAUGUAUUUUCAUUGAGUUGACUUGCAUACCAUGCGCAUAAGGUACCAGAAAAACACUUCUAUACCAUGUCCGUGUACUUUGUAAAUUGCCAAUUUAUCAAAUUGCUUGCAUGAGAAAAAGCUCAAGAUGACUCCAUUUGUAAAGCAUACACAGGUCCGUAACUCGACAACACAUAUUGAAUGGAAAUUAACGACCAUUUUUACUGACUCUAUGUUGGUAGUACACGAAGGUUAGUAUGAUAAAAUGGGAAAUUCCUAGUAGAGCUUCCCGUAACGGUUCAUCAUCGGGAAACAUAGAAAAUAUAAACAAAAAUUCUAAUUCAUCAAUACAAGCAAUUGAAUUGCUC